AGUGAACCUGUAAUGUUGUCAAUUUGAUUCUAUUCUCCGACUCCGUAUUCUCACUUGACAUAACGUAAACUUGUCAGCUGUCUUGUAUUUUCUUUUAUUUUAUUUUCAUUUCAAGUGAAAACAUGUCAGAAAAAUGGGAAAUCGUCACCAAAAAGAAAGACAAAAACAGCAAACUACCAGUGGUAAAAAAUAACGGCAAUAAUAAGGAUGUUAAAGGCAAGAAAAACUUACUGAAUGGAGUGAAAAUUGAGGAAGUCUUACCAAAGUCACAAGUGCAGAACUUGUAUUCAAGUAAUAAAAAUAACAAGGAGAAUAAGAAACCACAAGACAAAACUAAGCAAGAGAAGACUGAUAAGAAGUCACAGAAGAAGGACAAACCUCAAGAACCACCAAAACCAAAACCUCCAAAAUCUAUUCAAAGUGCCCUUAAUGCAAUUGAUGUCGAUGAGUUUAAUUCUAUUUUUGAGAAAAGCAAAAACCAUUACCCUGAUGCUCCUAUUGUUUGGCUGAAGGAAUUGGUACAAUUUUUAAACCAAAAAGUGCCCGUUGAUGUUCAGGACCAUGUUUUUUCUUCAAAACCUGAAGGUUAUCCCCUUAACUUGGUGCCGUCUGGUUUGAAAAAUGUAAUCGAGAAGUCUGUAAAAGAGGCUGGAAAAAAUAAUACGCAACUGUUUUUUGAUAUUUGCUUAACGUCUAUGGCGACUGAUAUGAGUAGGGGUCUACCAGCAUUAGGAAAUAAGUUUUAUCUUCAAUAUAUUUCAAUGAAUGAACCAAAUCUAAUAUCUGUUAAUAUUAGCAAGCACGUGACGCUUCGGAAUUCUUAUCAAAAUCGACCAAAUAUAGGGCUUUCAAUCCUCUGGGCGGUGGGCCAUGUCGGUAUUAGCGAUUUACACAGUGGCUUAACAACUUUCAAAGAAUUGUUCUUGCCUCUACUCGACAUGAAAAAUUAUACUCGCUUUGUUGUAAAGUACCUUUUAGACCUGCUGAAUCGUAAAUAUGACGAAUCCAUUUCGACAGAUGAGUUUUUGUUAAUUCUAGACACAAUUUAUCUAGACAAAAAGAACUUCCCUGUAGAUUUGAAGGAAGAGUUGGAUCGAAAAGUCACAAAUCUAAAGGCACUUUUAUUUAAAAAUAAAGAGAAACAUCAUGCUUACGUAGAGGUGUUAUUGAAAAAAAUUGUAACAAAUAGCAAUAAGCCAUAUCAGAACUGUAUUUGUGAUGUUCUCGUUGAUAUUUUUGCUAAUGAUGCAACAACGAUGUCAAUCUGGAAUAAGGUUUAUGCUAAAAAUGUAGCUGCCAGCUCGGUUCUUCUUCGCCGUAUAGGCGAUAAUUGGAAUAAUAUUUCAAAACAAAUAGACAAAGCAGCUGUUCGAGAUUUGUUGAAUAAUCUUAAGGUUAUUAAUGAGGAGCUAUCACUAAGAAAACGAAAGGAAGACGGCCUGAAUGAUUCUAUUGCUAGUAUUAAGAAAAUUGAGGAGAAAAUGGUUGUUAGGAAGAGUUCCGGCUUGUCUUUCAAAACAAUUUCGUUUUUGAUUAUAUUGGCUAUAGCCGGAUUUGUAUAUCUUGAUAUAAAACAGCAUGGCAGCUGGAAGGAAACUAGAACAAGCAGGACUUUGAGAGAAUACGGUGUGUGCGAAUACAGUCACAGGGGAAUGGCAAAAGUGAAAGAAGGCUGGGCAUGGAUCGAUACGAGAAUAGAAGAAAAUUUCCCAGGCUAUCAUAAAGCUGUAGCCGAUUUUAGUUUGCCAUAUGUACAGUUAUUUUCCGACUUGGGCAAAGUUACCUGUAAUGCAUUCCAUAAUGUUAAGGAAGUAUUCAUCGAGAAAUAUCCUGUUGUUUUACAAACUGUUGAAUCUUAUGCACCUGGAUUAAUCGAACAGUCCCACAAAGCCGUUACCAAUGUUUACUCUACCUCCAUCCUGUUCUACAAUAAAAGCGUAGAUUAUUUGAGGAAGGAAAUAUUUGUGGGCCAGUUGUCACCCGAAAAUGUCCAGAGGGUGGUGAUCGAAGCCUUCAAUACCACUCACCAGAAGGCUUCCGAAUACUACCACUGGAUCUACGAGAAAGUCCAGACAAGCAUCAAAUGAGCUAUGGUUGAUAAUUAGGUUUAAUUUCAGUUUGAUUUGUAAGAUGAAUCGUUAAGACUAAGUAAACGUUUAAGCAUGUAAAAACUGGUCUGUUUUUAGGUUAUGGUUGAUUAUCAGUGGAUAUGUAAUUUUACAGUAGUCUUUUUAUACAUUAAUUUAUUUAUAAACGCCAUUAUGUAAAAAGUUGUUAAUA